AUGGAUCCCGAGGCCCCGGAGCCGCCCGUCCUUCUGAGAGAGGCGGCCAAGAGGAGGCGGCGGAGGAUGAAGGCGCACGGCGCCCCGGGCCCCCCGGUUCCCCCGGCUCCCUCGGAGCUGAUCCCCAUCGAGUUCACCCUGCCCGCCCGGCGGCGGGACUGCCCCGAGACCCCCGAGACGGUGACCUUGGACGUACCGGGGAACGGCAGCGUGGAGCAGAUGAAGGCCCGGCUGUGGGCCCACGCGGCCGAGCUCGGCCGUCUCGGCGCCUUCUUCCAGCGCAGCCGCCCGGACCAGUUCCUGCUGCUCUACCAGAAGAGGGGCCAGUGGUACGAAGUGUACGACCGGCACCAGGCCGUCCAGACCCUGGACUGCGUGCUCCACUGGAAGGCGGCGGGCCUGCCCGUGGGCCGCAUCCGGGUGGCGCCCAGGGCGCAGCCGUCGCCGGACGCGCUGGACUUCCAGCGCCGGCUGACCGAGCUGAUGGGCUACGACGUGACGGACGUGAGCAACGUGCACGACGACGAGCUGGAGUCCACCCGCCGCCGGCUGCUGGCCCCGCGGGCGGCCGAGGUGGCGGGCCGGGACCCCGGGCUCUACGCCAUGCACCCCUGGGUCACGUCCAAGCCGCUGCCCGACUACCUGCGGGGCAAGGUGGCCAACGGCCACAUCCUGCUGGUCAUCCACCGGGGCACCACCAGCCAGACGGUCAAGGUGUCCGUGGACGAGACCCCCGGGGCCGUCCUGCGGGGCUUCUUCACCCGGAUGGCCAAGAAGAAGUCGCUGAUGGGCAUCCCCGAGGGCCUGGGCGAGCGGGACUUCGUGCUGCGGGUCUGCGGGCGGGACGAGUACCUGGUGGGCGAGACGCCCGUCAAGAACUUCCAGUGGGUCCGGCAGUGCCUGAAGAACGGCGACGACAUCCACCUGGUCUUGGAGGCGCCGCCGGACCCGGCCCUGGACCGGGUGCGGGAGGAGGACUGGCCGCUCGUGGACGACGGCCCCGGAGCCACGGGCUACCACGACCAGCUGACGGUGGCGGGCAAGAGCCCCGAGCGGGUGCUCACCGUGUCCCUGUGGGACUGCGACCGGCGCUUCCGGGUCAAGAUCCGGGGCUUCGACGGGCCGGCCGCCGCCGCCCCCCGGGGCCCCGACCCCACCGUCUUCGUGGAGGCCAAGGUCCAGCACGGGCAGCAGCUGCUGAGCCAGAGCCGGACGGCCGGCAAGCCCUGGGCCGAGGAGGUGCUGUGGAAUCAGUGGCUCGAGUUCGGCAUCCGGAUCAAGGAUCUGCCCCGGGGCGCCCUGCUCAACCUGCAGAUCUACUGCGGCCGGGCCCAGGGCGGGCCGCCCCCCGCGCCCGGCCCCCCCGGCUCCGACCCCCGGGCCCGGCCCCAGCUGCUCUACUACGUCAACCUGCUGCUGGUGGACCACCGCUCCCUCCUGCGCCGCGGGGGCUUCGUCCUGCACAUGUGGAAGGCCUCCGGGAAGGAGGACGGCCGCGGCAGCGUCAACGCCGACAAGCUCACCUUGGCCACCAACCCCGACAAGGAGAACUCCGUGGCCAUCUCCGUCCUGCUGGACGACUACUGCCACCCCGUCGCCCUGCCCAAGCACCGGCCCGCCGCCGCCCCCCCGGACGGGGCCGGGGCCGGGGGCCGGGCCGAGAUGCCCAACCAGCUCCGCAAGCAGCUGGAGGAGAUCGUCGCCACCGACCCCCUCCACCCGCUCAGCGCCGAGGACAAGGAGCUGCUCUGGCACUUCCGACACGAGAGCCUGAAGCACCCGGAGGCCUACCCCAAGCUCUUCGGGGCCGUCGACUGGGGCCGGCAGGAGACCGUGGCCGUGGCCUACCAGCUGCUCGCCCGCCGCGAGGUCUGGGACCGCAGCGCCCUGGACGUCGGCCUGACCCUGCAGCUCCUGGACUGCAACUUCUCCGACGAGAACGUGCGCGCCAUGGCCGUGCGGAAGCUGGAGGGCCUGGAGGAUGACGACGUCCUGCACUUCCUGCUGCAGCUGGUGCAGGCCGUGAAGUUUGAACCAUACCACGACAGCGCCCUGGCCCGAUUCCUGCUGAGGCGCGGUCUGAGGAACAAGAGGAUCGGCCACUUCCUGUUCUGGUUCUUGCGGAGCGAGAUCGCGCAGUCGCCUCACUAUCAGCAGAGGUUCGCGGUGCUCCUGGAGGCCUACCUCCGGGGAUGCGGCCAAGCCAUGCUCCAAGACUUCACCAGGCAAGUCCAGGUCACCCGCCUGCUGCACAAGCUGACGCUCGAAAUCAAGUCGCUCUCCGCCGACAAGUACGACGUCACCCCCCAAGUCGUUGCUCAACUUAAGGAGAAGCUUGAAAACCUGCAGAAUUCCCACCUUCCGGACAGUUUCAGAGUUCCCUAUGAUCCAGGCUUGAAGGCGGGAAAGUUGGUGAUUGAAAAAUGCAAAGUGAUGGCCUCCAAGAAAAAGCCCCUCUGGCUGGAGUUCCAGUGCGCCGACCCCACGGCCCUGUCCAGCGAGACCAUCGGGGUCAUCUUCAAGCACGGUGACGACCUCCGGCAGGACAUGCUCAUCCUACAGAUCCUACGAAUUAUGGAGUCGAUCUGGGAGACGGAGUCUUUGGACUUGUGUCUGCUGCCUUAUGGCUGCAUUUCCACGGGAGAUAAAAUAGGAAUGAUUGAGAUCGUCAAGGACGCGACCACAAUUGCUAAGAUCCAGCAAAGCACUGUGGGAAACACCGGAGCCUUCAAGGAUGAAGUGUUACAUCAUUGGCUCAGAGAAAAAUGCCCAAUUGAAGAAAAGCUCCAGGCGGCCGUGGCACGGUUCGUGUACUCCUGCGCAGGCUACUGUGUGGCCACCUUUGUGCUGGGCAUCGGAGACCGACACAACGACAACAUCAUGAUAACCGAGUCCGGAAAUCUGUUCCAUAUCGACUUCGGGCACAUUCUGGGGAAUUACAAAAGUUUCCUGGGCAUCAGCAAAGAGAGGGUCCCCUUUGUGCUGACUCCGGACUUCCUGUUUGUGAUGGGGACAGCCGGGAAGAAGACCAGCAGGCACUUCCAGAAAUUUCAGGAUGUUUGUGUCCGAGCUUAUCUGGCCCUGCGGCACCACACCAACCUGCUGAUCAUCCUGUUUUCCAUGAUGCUGAUGACGGGGAUGCCCCAGCUGACCAGUAAGGAGGACAUCGCCUACAUCCGGGACGCCCUGACCGUGGGGAAGAGCGAAGAGGAGGCGGAGAAGUACUUCCUGGACCAGAUUGAGGUGUGCCGAGACAAGGGCUGGACGGUGCAGUGCAACUGGUUCCUGCACCUGGUGCUGGGCAUCAAACAAGGCGAGAAGCACUCUACGUAGUCCCGGCCGGCGGCGGUUAGCCGGGGGGAGCAUCCCCGAACCCGGACCUUGCGACCUUCUGCGGCCUCGGCCUUUGGGGUGCUCUUGCUUAUCGGUUUGACGCUCCCCUAAUACAUGCCCUUUUCUGCUGGCUUUGGCCAACCCGAGGAGAGUGCCCCACACCCAGGACUGCCCUCCUUCCCCCCAAAACCUUGCCAACGCGCGUCUCCCCAAGAGUCCUGUCGGGACCACCCCGGGGUCGUCGACACAUUGAGAGACGAACCAUUUUCAGGCAAGCUGGGCAGAGGAUGCGCUCCUUGACGUGAGUGAGGCCUCGAGGCUAGCGGAGGAGUGCUGGGAAAGAGCAGUGGCAGCGACAGGCAGAUCAGAGGCCAUUUAAGCUCUCCGCGUUCCCAGCCCGCGUUGUCCAUCUGUUCUUCGGAAAUCAGGC